UAAGGCAGACACACAUUUUCUCUCAGAUUCUCUAUCAUCAUUGUGCUUCCUCAGUUUUCCACUCAGUUUUUUUGUUGCUCCAGUUUUUCCAAGCUUAAGGCUACUCAUCAUUCUUUUGUACAAAUUAUUUGUCUCAUUCACCUUCACCAUUAUACAUCUCCAUACUCCAUCCUUUUUAAUCUCCUUCUUUACCAUUUCAUAUAUAUUGCCAUUUGCACUUGUCCUUUCCCAUCCCUUUCUCUCUGAACUCUUUAUUGUUUUCAUCCCGGUCUCAUCUCCACUUCACUUCACUGCCUCUCAGUUCUUUUGUUUUUAUGUUCUUUCUUCAAUGGAGGCUGAGGCACUUUACAGUUUCAGAGCGACUGAAUGUGAUGAGAUCAGUUUCCAGAAGGGUGACAUCUUGAAGGUGACAAACAUGGAUGAUGAUCCGAACUGGUAUACGGCUGAGCUGUUUGGUAGGCGGGGCUAUGUACCGAAGAACUAUAUCAAUGUAAGACCUCACACGUGGUUUGUGGGUGGAAUUUCACGACAGGCCGCAGAAAACCGUCUGAGACCACUGGAGUGUGGAGCGUUUCUCAUUAGGGAGAGCGAGAGCACACCGGGAGAGUUCUCUGUGUCUGUCAGUUACGGGGACCACGUGCAGCACUUUAAGGUUUUGAAAGAUGGACUAGGGCAGUUCUUCAUAUGGGAUGAAGUCUUCAGCUCCCUCAACCAGCUGGUGGACUUCUACAAAAUCAACAGCAUUGCCAAAGAGAGAACUGUCUUCCUGAAAGAGCCUGAGGGAUCAUUAGCUAGGCCACGUCAUGCCCAUGCCCUCUUUGACUUCACAUCUAAUCAUGCGACUCAUCUACGUUUCUUGCGCGGUGAUGUCAUCGACCUGCUCGACUGUUCGGAUGCUCAGUGCUGGAGGGGGCGGUGCCGUGGAAGAGUGGGCGUAUUUCCACCAGAGUAUGUGCAGCCAAUUUAUCACUGAAUUUCAGCUAUGUGUGUCACCACCCUGUACAGUUAAACAAACUGGAUGAGAGCCCAAGACAUAUUCAUCAGUCACACAUAUUCUUCAUAAAUCUGAAGGUAAACUAAACCUUAGUCAUCGAUGUUUGGUGCAUUAAAGUUUUUAAGGUUUGAAUUUAACCUUUGCCCAUCAUCUUUUUUGUUGACCACUUUGAGAAGGCGAAUUAGAAAUCAGUUAUAACUUGUGAGCAAACCAGUUUUGUUACACCUUUAGUGAACAUAAACAGUUGCUUCCUGUUUAUUCUUCUUUCAAAUAUUUUAAAGUCUUUU